CAAGCGAGAGGGAGGGAAGCCGGAGAAAGGAUAAGAAAGGGAGUGGAGCUGGCGCCUACGGUGGCCGAAGAGGGACGCGCCGAGCCGGAGGCUGCAGGAUGAUGCGAUUCAUGCUGCUGUUCAGCCGGCAGGGGAAGCUGCGGCUGCAAAAAUGGUACCUGGCCACAUCAGACAAGGAGCGAAAGAAGAUGGUUCGGGAGCUUAUGCAGGUUGUUCUGGCUCGCAAGCCCAAGAUGUGCAGCUUCCUGGAGUGGAGGGACCUCAAAGUUGUCUAUAAGAGAUAUGCCAGCCUCUACUUCUGCUGCGCCAUCGAGGGCCAAGACAAUGAGCUCAUCACGCUGGAGCUGAUCCACCGAUAUGUGGAGCUCCUGGACAAAUACUUCGGCAGCGUGUGCGAGCUGGACAUCAUCUUCAACUUCGAGAAGGCCUACUUCAUCCUGGAUGAGUUUUUGAUGGGGGGUGAUGUCCAGGACACCUCCAAGAAGAGUGUGCUGAAGGCCAUCGAGCAGGCAGACCUGCUGCAGGAGGAGGAUGAGUCGCCACGCAGUGUGCUGGAGGAGAUGGGUCUGGCCUAGCCCCCGUCCGGGCCGCGUGGAGAUGCGGGGAGCUGGUGGAGAUGCGGGGCACGAGUGGCCCUUUCCUUGGCAGGACCCGCCUGCCACUCCUCUGCUGCCUCACCUUCUCUUGGAGUGAGCUGUGGGCUCACGACCCUCAGACAUUCCCUCUCUCCACCCCAAACCUCCUGUUUUCCCUGUUCCCACUGAACGUUUUAGGAGCUAGGAGGUAGGAAAAUGUGUGACCAAGAUGGGGGUGCUAUUUGGCUUUCGUUCCUUGCCUUGGAAGAACUAAUGUCACCCCCAACUUCCUCCCCUCCCUUAUAACUGUAAAUAUAUAAAUAUGUCAGGUUAAAGGGAAAAGGUUUUCAGGGCUCUUCUCUGCUCCCUGCCCCGUAACCUACCUCCACCCCUCCCUGCAGCCAGCCAGGGCAGCUUCUCUGCCCGGGACGGGGGCUUCUGUGUAGUGAGAGGGAAGUCCUUUCCACUCAUCUGCCCCCUCCCCUUCCUUCUUGGCUGCAGUAGGGCCUCUGUCCAGUGUCGGGGAGGAACAACAUAGUUAAAUUUUUUCUAACCUUGCCACUUUGAGGGAAGGGAGGAUUGGGGGAAGGGCAGGCUUUAUGGGAGACUGGGCCCUGUCCCUCCUUCACUCCAUGUUCUGGGUGAGGCAGGCGCUAAGGGAGUGGGGUGGGGGAAGUGUCUGGCUUUAUUUCCUUUCCUCUGAAAUAAAAGGAAAAACAUUUCUGGA